AUGAGCUUACGGCCAUCAUCCUCUUCCAGCUCGUCGAGUUCUUCCUGCUCCUUUCCUUCGCUGACACUCUCGUAUUUCACCAAGGUUGGGCGCCCUAGACAGUGGAGCUGCGAAACGUCUCAAAAUGGAAAGGAGAACGAAAUCAGCGAGAAAAAAUUGUCGUACACUGAUCCCAAGGCUUGUAAUGCGUCCAAAAUGACCUCUGGUAAUUUCCAAACCGACAACGUUACUGCACUAAUAGAUUCAUUUGAUACUGACGCGUCCGCCGCGAUGGAUAUAUCAUCAACUGGUAUGGGGAAUAUCAUCAAGUUUGUGUCAGGUUCUGACUACAUGUUCAACAAGAAACUGAUGACUUUGCUUCACAAAGAUCAGAAGAUGAAGUACGAUGAUAGUGAAGGGAACAGCCACAGUUCAGCGUCUAAUGCACAGGGCUUUCCCAAACAACUAGACCCUUAUUCCAAUAUAUCGUCUCAAACAGAAAGUAAGGAGGCCGGUCUCGACAAGCUCCGUUGUCGGCCAUGUGGGAAGAAAAACAAGAUACUUUUGAACUAG